AUGAACCUCUCCGCCAUCCCCACUACAGCAUCCUCCCCAGUAACCAACUUCUCCUUCGACGUAUUUGGCGCGUUCAACUACAACCACGGCAAGAUCUUAGUGACCAAUGCAUCCUUCUGCAAUAUCACAGUAACCUACACCCAUCCCGGCCAAAACGACCAUAUCAACGUCGAAACCUGGCUCCCUCUAAACAACUGGAAUGAUCGCCUACAAGCAACCGGCGGCGGCGGCUAG